CAUUAUUGACUCUGCUAUGUAUCUAGGUUUUAUUUACUAUGGAGUUUUAGGACAUUAAUUUGUAUGAACUUCUUUGAUGUAAAGUAAGUAUGCUGAUAAGCAUGGAUUUAAUUUAGUGUUCUCCAAAAUGUUAAACGGAAUCAGCUGUCGAAAAAAUGAACAAAAUAGUACAAAGAGAAGAUAUCAAUAUGUAUAGUUAUAGGCUUAUAUAAAAACUGAAAUGAAAGUAAGCGAGACAAUGGAUGUCCAACAAGAGGAAAAUUCCAAUAAAACAUUGGACAAUGUGGACGAUAAUGCUGAAACUAUUGGUGAAAACCCCAAUAAUGAUAAGUCAGACGAAGCUAUCAAACAAAUGACAAUUGAUAGUAGCGGUAAACUAGUGACUAAAAUUAAUAUUCCAAUGCUAGAAGAAGAUUUAGGAAUUUAUGACGAUCCAGGUGAAUGUGAUGGACUAUCCGAUACAGAUAUGGUGGAAUUAGAUCGCGUAAAUGAGAUUGAAAAAGUUCCAAGAAAUAAAUCACCUCAAGAAGAAAAGCAGGAACCUACACCAGCUCCAAUAUUGCGAAAAUCUUCACAGCUUGGGAAUUAUAAUAAUAUACGUAACAUGCCCUCCGGAUACAGAGCGGUAGCUAACACCCCUGCAGCCCAUUCAGAGUUAGAUAUUGAUCAAAAUAGUGUUACAUGGUCUGCACAUACUAAACAACCAAUUGGAGUUUAUAUUUCUACAAAGCAUAGAAAAUCUGGAAAUAAACUCAAGUUAAGUGCAACCGGAAGCAGUUUGCUUACCCGAUCUGAUAAUGCGGGAGACACAAGAGCUACUUCCAGGGUAGCCUCAGAAUCCAGGGAAGCCAUGUUCCGAAGAGCAAUGGCGCUGUUGUCGGCUCGAUGCACUAGCGUGCUCGGGGCACAGACCGUGGAAACUCCAUUCGGAACCGUAAAACAACCUACAUUCGGAAUACAGGUACCACAGUAUUUCUACAUCAAGCAGGAGAAACCACGACCAAUGCCUCCUUUAAAGGCCUGGCAAGGAUACAAUGGCAACGUUUACUUUGAACCUAUAUCAAUUGCUGGUAUGCCAAAUGAUGUCUUAAUGCCAAAGAGUGGCAAAUCACGUGGGUCUCAUGUAAAUGACCAAAUAAAUAGGAUGACACCUGGACAAAAGAGACCAAUGACGGAACCUAACAGAUCUCCGGAUAGUAGCAGCAAUAGCAGAUCUAUUUCGCGCAACACCGGAAAGAGUAAUAAUUCGAAGAACAGACCAUCGACCCGUCAGAUGGCGCUAUUAGACAAAAGAACUGUUCUGAAUAGAUUCAAUACCUCUUUAGAUGACGACAUCACAUUGAUAGAAACGACAGAAACAACCGGAAGUCUAGCUGUUAGGCCAAAAAGUGACAAUAUAGUUGAUUAUAAAACCAGACAUGAUCAGAUGUAUAAUAGAGAAAGAAUAUGCAAAGGAUCCGUAGCACAUAAACAAUAUAUUGCUAAAAUGCAAGGACAUCGGCCGACCUUGAAAGUUAGUGGCGGGAAGUAUUCAACCCCAGCGGUUACUUCCCCUCUCCUACGCACACAAACUCAAUAUUCCUUAAGUAAUAAUCGGCUAACGACAAAUAGUCCAGAUUUAUAUGCAGCUCAACUUCCUCCUUUAGAACAGCUAAGAAAUUCAGUUCGUCAUAUGGACAAUACAAAUGAUAAACACAACUAUGGACGAGCUCGGCCAGUAACGAACGAUAUUAAACCUUUCAUCAAAUAUAGUCCAGAUAUCAAAAUCAAACAACCAGCUGUUAAUUAUGUGUAGUAACGUUUCUUUUAGUAAUGUCUUAGUGCUGUGUUUAACUAGUAAUACUCGGAUAUGUAUUCGUAAACGUGCAGUAUACAUAUGAUAAUCGAAAAAAAUCGUUGGUCUCGGAAAUAUUACAUGCAUUUCCAAGCAUCAUAUAUACAUUCAAAGUGUAUGAUAAAGGAUUUAUAAAGGUGUUAUACACUUAAGUUCAUAGUACUUCAUAAUAGUGUCAAACUGAAGUCCCGAACGACAUGCAUGAACGCUAUUGAAUGAUUGAAGACACAUUAAUAUUCAUACAACAAUUUUAUAGACAACAGAACUUCUGGAAGUAAUUCAUGUUUGUUUCUUUAAUUCUAAUAUGGAUGUCAGUAUUAAUUAAAUCUGUAAACACAGUUUUUUUACUCUGUUUGACAUGUACAUGGUAGUGCUACAGUAUGAAGCGUUUUUGUUUUCGCUGGUUUUUCGUUAUUUCGCAUCAAAAAUGUUCAUGUAGAGUGCAAAAAAAUAAUUUAAAUUCUGUUACAUGCCUGGUUUUUUUUAAUGUUGUACUAGUUUAUAGCAGAGAUUUUGUGCUUGAAAGUUUAAAGGGCAUGAAACAUGCACCUUUCGAUUUGAAACUUGCUACUUUCGAUUUGAAUCUUCCUUUUGAUAUAGUAAAAUCUUUGAGGCAUUUUUCAACGCAGAGUCAUUUUGGAACUACCGUACCGAAAAGUUCAGAGAUUCAAAUAACAAAUUGUUGAAUCAUACUUAAGAAAAAUAUUACAUAGACAUCAGAGCACCGGAAAAGGAAACUUUUUAUUUUGUGGAUUACAAAUAUGGUUUCACGAUAUUGGUCUAACGGAAAAGUAAAGUCUUUAUUUUUUUAAAGAUUAUAUGAAGUACCAAAACGCGGUAAAAACGUUCGUAAGGAAGAUUCAGACAGUACAAUAAUCAGUAGUGGCAAGGUAUUUACGAAAACAGGCAUUUGUGAAUGAUUGGAGCAAGAGGAGAUUGUUUUAUAAUGAAACAAGAACCUAUGAGAUAUACCAAUACCUUAAUUAGCUGCAUACUUUUCGCUUUCAAGGUUUCGAUGAUUACUUACUAUCUUAAAAUACUUUCUGUAUCUAAUGUCAUCCCUAUGGAUUAGAAAAGUUAUACUCAAAAGAGUUUACUUCCUUUUACACAGUUGCCUUUUCCGGUUUCAAAGUACGCGUCACUUUUCUUUUUCUCCAUUUAAAGUUUGAAAUUUUAAUCUAAAACAGUUGACGUUAGAUAUGAAUAUUAUAACUUAGGAUAGAUGUAGCAAAAAUGUAAAAGGUUUAUUCCCAUGAGAAUUGAAACGCUCAAGUAUUGGGACCAUAUUCGUAUUAGAUCUUAAGUACAAUGUAAAAUUCGGUAGAUGUAGUUUGAAAUUAGGAGAUAAAGCUCUCAAUGGAGUG